GACGACAUCAGGUCGCCCAGCCGCCAUUGGCAUCAUGCCUUGCUGAGGAACUAUUUCGCCUCUCGUGGCAUCAAGCACGCCUUGAUGAACAUCGCAAGAGCGACUGAUGAGGCCUACCUGGCCAAACUGCGUGCCUCCUCGCUGGCGAUGACUGGAAAGGAGCUACCAAAUCAAGAGAAGAAGCUCUACCUCUUCUGUGGGCCGCCAGGCACCGGCAAGACUUUCGGGAUGAAAAUCAUUGCCGCUGAGUGUGGCCUUGAUGCCUACCAGUUGAAGCUCAAAAAGAUCGACUACGACGCGCCAGAUGCCUUCCGCCGUGCCCUGCAACGGCUCCAAGACCAAAGCGCACGGUCCGGACGCAGCGUGGCGGUCUUUGUGGACGAGGCGGAGGUGCUCUUCGGGAGCCGAGCGAGUAUGCAAGACUACCACAGUGUCCUCGUGACGCAAAAGAAGCAGAUUGUGACGGAAUUUCUGACGUGGGUGGAUGGUUUAGAGACAAAAGCAUCUGGAGCCGCGUCUGUGAUACUGAUUAUGGCAACGAAUCUGGAGAGCAGCAUGGAUGAGGCCAUUCUGAGCCGCGUGGCCGAGACCGUGCAUUUCGAUCUCCCGCACCGUGGCAGAGUGGAGAGCCAGGGACGACCUGGUACCGAAAAACACGUAGCCAGCGCAUGGAAAGAGGCGAGAGGCCUUCUGAAAGGAAAAGAUCCAAACCCGUAAAUCCAGGCACCUAUGUACUAUAUCCAGGCCCCAAUUGUGUAAUCACUUUGAGAGUGUGUCUCAAGAUGGGAGUUGUUAUACCUGACCAUGCAGACCCCAGACCCAGUGCCUUGGUCGUUGCUUUCGCUUGGUGCAAUGAACUGCCCAGGUUUCCAUCUUCCGUCCGGGCGUCACACACAUACUGUGUGGACACCUAAAAACCUAAGGAACUUUCGACAGUGCCGGCAGUUCUGGGCAGGCUUGCUUGGAUGUGCUGAGAAGUUCUUCCUUGCUUUGUUUUUGUUUUGUUCAGGUGCUUUGAGUCUCGAUACCAGAGGCCUCACAAACCAUCAAAAACCUGUUUCCUUGCAAAAAACAUGGUUUGGGGUGUGUGAACACCUGUGUUUUUCAUGGUUUGGUUCGGGCUCCUGGUAGCUGUUUAUCUAUUUGUUGUGUCUAUCGAUGAUCGGAGAAAAAGGGGGCCCUAGGCCCAAGGAGGCCAUGUGGUCCAAGGAUGCCUGCCGACUCCGACCACCGGUUUUCUCACUGUAUACAGUUGAGUGGUAUUUGUCACUCGAAGUACAAGGCGCUGGAAGAGCUCUAAGGCUCUAAGACACAUGUGACCCCCAAAGACACAUGUUUGGGGAGACCAUCUUGCAGCGGUGAACGAAGGACCUUCUUGUUUUCUUCUUCCGGACCACUGGACCCACUUGUUAUGCUCAACGUUUGCCGUGGGGAGUUAUGCUCUUCGUGUUGCGCCAGUUUUCGUAGCUCCGCAAAAGUCCGAAGCACAGCCCUUCACAAGACCAAGAAGAAUCAAGAAGAUGUGUGUGGGUGGAGUGUGUAUAGAAAUAGCUGCGACAGCUGAGUGAUGUUAUUCUUUGCCUGACCUUGCUUUGCAGGAAAGGCGCAACACCUGAGACUCUGGGAUCGCCUUCUCAUCGCUUGGGACUGCGCCUCUUCCCUGAGCUUUCGAGACCUCGAGGAAGUGCACCGCAAGGUCCUGGCCAUGGAUGCCGAGCUGGAGGCCCCUGCGGGCUCCACUACCCUUUCCCACUACCUCCACGCCAUGCACUUGGUGUCCUCAGACCGCGCUCGUGCUGAGAGAACACAGAUCAGCUAUGGCCGUCCAGCACUGCAAGUGGAACAACGUGUGGGGUCGGAUUUGUGGCUUCGAGCGCGCUUGUGAGGAAAAGAGCGGGUGUGGAUAUGUUUGUUGAGGUAAGCCAUACCCAGGUGACAUGGUGGUACUCUGC